AUGGAUGAUACAAUCAGCCCUGAUUCACCUUCUCUCAAUGACUCCAGUCGCGGCCAGAAGGCUGGGGGUGUAAGCCCCGAUUACGCUCCGCCUCUUUCCCCGUCCUCCUCUUCCAACUGGCUCUGGAGGCCUGGGUCCGUCAGUAUUGACAACGCCCCUCCCACGAACUAUCAACUAUAUUCGUUCCCACAGCACCAUGACCAGCAGCCCCCUGUCCGGUCCCAGUUCGUCCCGUUCCCACCGGCGGCCGCUGUGUCCGCGGUCCCGCCUAAGAUUGCUAUCCCGCGUGCCACCGCUUCGAAAACCUACUCACAACGGCAUCGAUCUGCACGAGCGUGCGAGCCAUGUCGCCAGAGAAAGGUCAAAUGUGAUGGUGGCAAGCCAGCCUGUCGAAAAUGCCGAGAGCAUGAUUUGAGCUGUUUCUAUGUCGAUAUCAAAAGGGUGCGGGAUCAGAAGCAGUUGGGCACAUUGACUCAAAAGGUGGAACGUUAUGAGAAGCUCUUGCGACAGCUCGAGUCUCAGGUAGAGCCGGGAUCUGCAAGACUGAUCGAGAGGAGUUUAUCGGACAUUGAUAAACCUGACUCCGAUGCCGAUGGGUCCGAAUCCGACUCAAUUUCAUCCACGGGGUCACUGGAUGCGCUCGACCUGAUUAAAGAGGAUCUAAACCGUAGCGAAAAAUCAGUCGCGGCCGGGUUCUUUGGCAAGAAUUCGGAGGUUGCCUGGAUGCAAAGACUGGAGGAUGAAGCCGAACAGCGGAGCCAUCAGUCCGAGGCUGAUGCUCCGCCGAUUGGGAUGCAGUCACCCAGGUUGCCAAAGCAGGAUGUUCCGAUUAUGAUGAUGAGCUACCACCUGGAUGACCUGACGAUUUCGUUGCCCGAUUCCAUUGACCCCUACGCCUUGCCCCCCAAGGAGCUCGCAGACCGGUAUUUCAAAGCAUACAUGGAGUCCGUUCAUCCAGCGUUUACUGUGAUUCGUAAGACUACCUUUACAGCGCAGUACGAGCAGUUUUUCAGCCAGCCGUCGACUCCCCCGCCUCGGUGGCUUGCGGUUUUGAAUAUGAUAUUUGCCAUUGGAUGUCGGUAUUGCAAACUAACCGGCACGGUUGAGGACGUUGAAGUUGAAGAUUUGAAAUACUUGAACCGUGCCAGGAAGCUGUGUCUAGACGGAAAUGUCCUGUUCGAACAUGCAGAUCUCCAGCAGAUCCAGGUAGAGUUUCUCGUUGCCCUUUAUCUUGUUACCCUGGGUCAAGUCAACAGAGCAUCAAAGUUCUCCAGCAUGGCGUUCCGUUCGGCCAUCUCGUUGGGAAUCAAUUUACGAUUCGAAGAUGAUCGAACCCAUUAUGCUUCGAAGGAGGCACGGGGUCGUCUUUGGUGGUCAAUAUUCGUAUUGGAACACCUGCUGACAUCGAUAACCGGUCGCGUAUUCGGUGUUGACGAGGGACUCAGUGCGGCACCACUGCCCAUCCCCUUUGAUGAAGGGAGCGGUCACAACCCGGACCUCCUUGAUACCUUCCGUGGCCCAGCACGUAUGAGUCGCCUUCAACUGACUCUACUUCAAACCGACGAAGAGGCCCAGUUAAAUGCAGAUUGGCUCGCGAGAUUCGAGCCCAGCGCGUCGCUAUUCUUCCACUGUUUCGUAGAUCUGUCGGUCAUUACGCAGGCCGUCAUCAGCAAGAUUUACAGCAUCCAGGGGCUUCAUGAUCCAAGCAGCCAAGUCGAGCAGCGAAUCCUACGGUACUCCCGGACGAUAGACACCUGGCUGCACAAAGUUCCGGAGCCAUACCGAUUCACGAUCUCUGAAGAUACCGAUACUUUUUACGUCCCCCACAAUGCAGACUACAUGCGCGAACGAAUCACGCUCGCAAUAUCGUACUACAGCACCCGCAUUACGCUCUGCCGCCCUUGCCUCUCACACAACCAGGCCAAUCCCUCCACGCACCGCCACCCACGCUUCCGCACUGCGAUGGCCCUCGCUUGUCUGCGCGCCGCUCGUUCUUUGCUGUCCAUCCUCCCGGACCGCCCAGAUGCCAUCUGGCUCACCACCGUGACCCCCUGGUGGGCGAUCCUCCACUUCAUCAUGCAGGCCACCACCGCGCUCCUCAUCGGCAUCUUCACCUGGAACCCGCUCAAGGCCUCGCCGGACCCGUCGCGCCCGCCCCUCGACACCUCGGCCAUGCUCUCGGAAACCAAGAAAGCCUUCCGCUGGCUCCAUCACAUGGGACGCACCAGCAAGGAGUCCCGCCGGGCCUUUGUGCUCUGCGAGAGCUUCCUGCGUCGCGUGGCGCCGAGCCUGGGGCUAGAUAUUAGUGAUAUCCCGGAGUCCGGGUCUCUGCCACCGUUGGCGGAAACCAGUCUGGGUGGUGGAACAGGCGAUGUUGUAUUGGAAAUGGUUGGCGAUAGGUAG